AUGAAUAUAAAAGAGUUUCGGAUUUUAUUUUUAUUUAAUAAAAAAUAUAGUUGUUUGUCGAAAAUAAAAUUAAAAGAAUUUCACAUAAAUUAUUGGGAUAAAUAUAAAAGAGAAUUAAAAACAAUGGAAAAUUUACAAAAUGCAAAAAAAAGACAAAAUACUUAUUGUGAUGGAGUUGAAAAUUUUGAUAUAAAUAAAAAGACUAGAUUAAUUUUACUUAAUAAUGAAACAAAAUUAAAUAGGAGUGUCACAACUGCUAACAUUGGAGAUAUUAAUACUAAGGAAAACCUUUUAAAAACUUUUAAAACAUGCAAUAAUUUUAAUUCAGGUUUGGAAAAUGACACACCAAAGGAAUUCCAAACUCAGCAAGACAACAUAGGUUUUGCUAAAAUUUCAAAGGAAGAAAAUGAAGUCAAAACGGAGUGUGAAAUAAAGACUGAAAUCCAAGAUACAAAGACCGAAGUUGGUUUGGAAGAAAGUGGUAGGGAAAAUGGAACUACCCUGAUAAAAGAGGAAAAUGGGGAAAAAAUAAGUGAUACCGUUUUAAAUGAUGUCAAAAAAAAUGAAUCACCUGAACAAGUCAGUCAAAAUGUAAAUGUAAUAGUAACUUGGAAUAUGAAUAGCAUAACAGUGAGAUAUAAGAAUAAAGAUAAAUGGAAAAAAUUUAUAAAAUUUAUUAACCAAAUAAAUGCAGAUGUUUUAUGUUUUCAAGAAGUUCGUUUACCUGCUUUAAAUAUUCCAAAAAAGGAAGAAGUAAAAGUAGAAGAUAAUAAAACAUAUGGUGGAAAAAAAAAUGAAAAAAAUGUUGAUGAAGAAAGAGAUAGAGGAUCUGUAAAAAAUACAGAUCAAAAAAGUUUGUUAGAUUAUAAUAUUGUUGAAGAUAUAUUAAAGAAAGAUUUUAAAGAAUAUAAUGCAUAUUUCAGUUUAGCAAAUAUAAAAUAUAGUGGUCAAUUAGUGUUAGUUAAAAAAAGUAUAAAAGUUAAAUCGGUACGAUAUAAUCUUUUAUUUGAUACAAAUCCUAAUAUACAUAAUGAAGAAGGCCGAAUAAUAUUACUUGAGUUUUCAAACUUUUAUUUAUUAUCUACAUACUCACCAAAUAAUGGAUUUGAUACAGUAAAAUUUAAAAGAAGAAGAUUAUUUGAUGAAAGAAUGAAAGAGUUUGUUUUAUUAAUGAAGAAUGAAAAUAAAAAUUUAAUUUGGACAGGAGAUUUAAAUAUUGCACCUGAAGAUAUAGAUUUAUCACAUCCUGUUGAAUUUAGAAAAAUGAAAAAAGGAAAUGUUCCUAAAGAAUAUAUUGGACAACCUGGUUGUACCGAUGCAGAACGAAAAAAUUUUAAAACAAUUUUAAAAAAUGGUGAUUUAGUAGAUUCAUAUAGAUAUUUUGAAAAUUAUAAAAUAAAAAAUGAUCCAACAUAUAAAAAAAAAACAAAUAUUAAUGAUAAUAUUUAUACAUGGCGAUGCCCAUUUCUUAUUGGCAAAUCAUGUAACAGGGCAAUGAGAAUAGACCAUUUCAUUGUUUCUAAGAGUUUACUUGAUAAAAUUGAAAAUAUAGAGAUACAUGGGUAUAGUGUUUCCCACACUAAUUUUUAUGGAUCCGAUCAUUGCCCUGUUAUUCUAAAUAUGAAGAAGUGA